AUGAAUGCUGGACGCAACAAAAGCGCCAGAGGUCGUAGAAGAAAACCAGUACAAGCCUCUGAUGGAAACUUCUUCGAAAGAAUUACAGCAUCAAGUGAUGCGGACACCGCGAAAGAUGAUGAAUUGUAUACCAUCAAGAAUUUGAGCUGCAACGGAGAUCGCAAAAAGAUAGAGGCGUUGUAUGUUGAAGCGCUUUACACAAUAACUCAUAAGCUGGGGCAAGGUGAUGCCGAGGAAAGUCAAGAAAGCUUGUACAAGUAUGUGAGGAAUGCCUUUCAAGGCGAUAGUAAUUUACAUGCAGCUUUAAUGGAAAAGGCUAAACAGAGCAAGCCCCCUGUGGUUCUUUUAAAUGUUCUUCUUCUCGAAGCAAAAGAUUUGAUUGCCAAAGAUGUGAAUGGAUUCAGUGACCCGUUCGCUAUGAUGGGAGUUGUUCCAGGGCGCAGAGAGAAUUCCCAAGUAGUUGAAGCAAACCCAGUUGAGGAAGAACAAGAAAAAGAAGUGAAAUCACCAAGACUUCCAUCGCAUAAUAAAAAAGAUGGACUUAUGCACCGUUUUGGGGGCUCGUUUAGAAGAAAGGUUGGACCAAAGAAGGGAAAGAAUGCUGACACCGGCACGAUCCCGGCAAAAAUCAUAAAAGCAAGUUCCGUGCAGAAGAAAACUUUGAACCCAAAAUGGAAUGAAAAAUUUCAAUUUAUGGUAGAAGAUGUGCAACGAGAUCAAUUCCACAUGGAUAUUUGGGAUCACGAUGACGAAGAACAAUCUGUUCUUGACGCUGUAACCUCCCUCAACCAAAUUUCCGGCGGACUAAAAGGGCUUGGACGAUAUUUCAAAGAGGUUACUCAAAGCGCCAGAGCAGAUUCCGAUGAAUGUACUGAUGAUUUUUUGGGGUGUAUUAAUAUUAAACUCAAUGAAAUUCCUCCAGAUGGAAUUGAGCAAUAUUUCACACUCCAGCCAAGAUCGGAGAAAAGUAAAGUCAGCGGACAAGUUAAAUUGAAAUUGUGGCUUUCCACAAAAGAGGAAUGUCGAGCCGGCGAGGAAGAUGAAUUACUUGACGUUAAGGAGCACAUCGAAUUGCUCCGUCAAUUCGCGUUGUACGAAAUUCGUCAAUCCGGACAACCGGUCCGUUUUUGGGACGGAGUUUACCCUGAAAGGGCAAUGCUUAUUUUGCGCCAACAUGCCAUUCAAGGAGAUCUUACCGAUGUUCAUACCGCCAUGUGUCGAUGGCUUGCAUUUCACAGCAUGAUUCCAAUUGAUAUUUCGUUUUCUUUAUUGGCGAGAACUUUGCAAAAUGUAAUUGAGAAAUGGCAACCUCUUACAUUGGAUAAGGAAGAAGAAGACAUGUUAACUGACUCGUUCUCGUCAUUUGACACGUAUUGCAAACGCGUGAUGAUCGACCACCGCGAGAAGUUUGCCACCAAUAAGGGAAAUAGCGGGGAAGAAUUUGCGAGUCUAAUCAAAUGCAUGAAAGCACUACGUGACUCACCGUUCUAUCAAAAGUACCUUCCUUACAAGCGUCCGUUUCAUGCUCAUAUCGAGUCGCUUGUUGUGAAAAGCGCUGAAGAUUUUAUCGACCGUACUAUUGAAGAAGUUCAAGACGAAGAUCCAUGCAAAGAGCUUUUGCGGCUUUUGAACAUCAUUAACUCUCAAUGUGCCCGAUUUCUUCAUUACGCUGCAAUUAUUCGGGAAGUUGCUAGAAUUGACUAUUCGCAACUUACAUUGAGCACUUUUGACAGAAUUCUGACUGAAUAUCUAACAUCUGAAAUGAUGAGCGAACGCAAGAUGGAUUUGAAAUCGCAGAUGAGAGUCUCUGCAAAUCAGGAACCACCAAAUGAGGAUGAUCUAAUUGAUCUUGUUCGUAUUCAUAUGGCAUUUGUAGAGCUCAGAAACUAUAGAUUGGCAAAUAGAGUUCGUGUCAAAGAUGAAACUGAAUGGUAUGUUAUUUUCAAUAAAGCAACCAAGAAGUUCUUGGAAUUGCCAAUUGGAUAUGCCGGUGAGUGA